AUGGAUGGAACAUUAUUAGAGCACCUGCCUGUCUCUAUCUGUCUCUUGUUGCGAAAUUACCCCAAGGAUCGGAGCGAAGAAAAAGAGAAAGGAAGAUUGGAGAUGGCAUCGACUGCGGCGGUUCCAUUCUGCAGGGAGGCGGCUGAAGCCCUAAAUCACGAGAAGGUUCAUUUCUCAAUCUCCAAAUGGACUGGUGGAAAGGCGGAGAAGCCAA